ACUGAAUAUACACAAUAUUAGACUGAGUUUUGCACUGGACUUGUCCUCAACAAGCAGACCUGAUCUGUGCUUUGCUACCUAGUGGUCUGUACUGUUACUCGCUCCCUGCGGGACCAUCAGCCUGUCGGCAGCUAUAUACAGCCAUGGCCGAAAACUUCCAACACCCCUUCCAGUGCAUACAGUUCAUCAAGAAAAGAAACGGUGAACAUAGAGACGUGUUCGUAGCAUCAGCGGGCGCAAAGCUCUUCUCCUACGCGGCGGACUCUGGGCGGCGCCUCUCUGUCUGGCCGCAAGACGGUGCGGACAAUAAUAUUCAUGGAACCAACUGUGCUGGAUCUAACCCAGAGACUGAAGGCCCUCCGGAGAAGAAGAGGAAGGUUGAGCCAUCUUCAGAAAAGGAGGGUGAUGCUGGUACUGCAGCUUCGAAAAAAUCCUGUACGUGGACCAACAUUCCCAUCUUGACGUCCACGCCAGACGGGGAAUAUCUGGUUGCGCUUACAGGAGAGGACAAAUGUAUCCGUGUCUUCCAGAUUGAAGAGGACGGUUCAUUUGUGCACCUGAGUGAGAGGCCAAUGCCCAAGCGGCCAUGCGCCAUCACAUUCAUGGAGGACAACGACAUCCUGACUGGCGACAAGUUUGGGGAUGUCUACUCCAUGCCCCUAAUACCAAGCGCUGAGCCGCGCUCUACCAUGAAGACUCUGGCCCAACGGUCCACGCCGAUCGCAGCCACAAACUUAACCGUGCACACGCAACGCAAUCUCAAAUCGUUAGAGAUGCAAAAGAACAUGCAGAACAAGCAGAAGAAAGAAGUAGACAAGCCCGUCUUCGACCACGACCUGUUGCUCGGACAUGUCUCUCUUCUCACAGACGUGGUCUUUGCCUCUUUACCGUCUCCGGACCCCUCGUCUACUAAGAGAAGAACCUACAUCCUUAGCGCAGAUAAAGACGAGCAUAUUCGGGUCUCGCGCGGGCCACCGCAGGCACACGUCAUCGAGAACCACUGCUUCGGACAUACAGCAUUCGUUUCUAAGCUUUGCAUCCCUGAAUGGGCUCCAGAGUACCUAGUCUCUGGCGGCGGGGACCCGCAUCUUAUCGUGUGGAACUGGACAGCCGGCCAAGUACUGCAUACUGUGCCCCUCGUGGAACAGCCAGCUGAAGGCGAAGCCAAGAAAGUCGCCGUCCACGGUAUCUGGGCGGCUACUCUUGGUGCAGACUCACGGCGAGUCAUUCUGGUUGCGCUGGAAGGAAACCCGGCCCUCCUCCCAUUCACCCUGGAACCCAACGGCUCCAUGACCGCUCACACGUCUAUCAAGACCUCGGGCAACGUUCUUGACGUGCAAGUCCACAAAGACAUAGUAGUCGUCUCUGUCGACUGCAUCCGCACUCCCGGGUCAAUGCAGGAAUGGCGCUCCAGUCCAAUUGCUUCAAUCACGCUCGAAGCGUUCCAGCUCAAGCAAGGAACAACAGAGUGGGAGGCGGUCACUGAUUACCAAUUGGUCACCACAGUUAACGCUACGGGGACAUUACCUGUCAUUUUGGCGGAUGGUGUAGAGGAAAAGGAAAAGGAGAAGAAGGCGUUGAAUGAUGUGUUCUAUGGGCUGGAGCAUCUGAGGAAGCAGACGUCGUGGGAGGGUGAGGCUACGGUUUUCUGA